UAAGGGCUCCCAUGUAUAAAAGAAAAUCCAGGAAGUGUACUUCCCUCAGUUGAGUUCAAGGCAUUGCUUACAAAAUGAAACUAAUUUCCCUGUUGUUUUCACUUGGUCUGUUAGCCUUGGCGAUGGCUUCCCCGCUGGAUCCAGAUAACGUUAUUAUCAAUGGAGAUUGCAAAGAUUGUAAUGUGUACGGAGGCUAAUCUGGAGCUAAAAACCUUAAGAGUUAUGUAACUUACACUUGUAGAAAAUACAUUUUCUGCAUAUAA